UUUUCCGGCGGUGUUCGCGUGUUUGCCGUGUUAUAUUGUUUAGGCUUGAGGUUUGCUUAACAUCCCAUGAUAUUUUAAAGCUCAUAGAGAUGAUCGUUUUCAAACUAGAACGCUUCCCGUUAGUAUGCCGCAUGUGUCUUAAACCUGCGACCGACACAGGAAUGGUUUCAUUGGACAAAACUGAUCCACUUUUUGAUGGCAGCAUGCAGGAUUUUAUCACGACAGUAACUUUCGAAAUUGCAAAGUCCAAAAUUCCUCUGCUCCCUCAAAUGGCUUGCCAACAAUGCGUCGAAUUACUUAAAUUUUUCGCUAAAUAUCGCAUGAAGCUGCUUAAUCUUCACCUUUUCAUGAAUUCACUGAUAGAAUUGAAGAGUUCCAACUCGGCACCAAUGAUUGAUCUGUUUCGAAGUAAACCCAAUCAGCUCGCGAUGUUAUUCAAGGAUCUUGAUUUAUGUACAAAGAGCAAAGUGUUUGUUGAGGAUCUUAUAAAAGAAUUCCCAACCUAUCAUAUUGCAAACAUGACAACCACCAAUAAGGAAAAUAUGCAGGAUGAACAAAUCGUCGACCCUUUAGAAAACGGUCCAUCAGCUUUCUAUGCCGAAGAAUGUACUGCUGAUGAAUUGGCCGAGCUGAUCCCUCAACAAGUUUCAAAUCAAAAAAAAGCAAAUGAAGACGAACACUAUCAGCUUUUUGAGGUGAAUGAAGCAGAUGAGGAACUAGGAUGUAUCCCCGUAAAAAAGACAGCUAAAAGGGAUAGGCGAAAGGAACUACUUCACUGUGACAAGUGCAAGUUUGUUACGUACUAUCCUGCAAAUUUCCGUAACCAUCGGGCUGUUCAUAUAAAACGAGAAAAUAAAGUUUACAUGUGCCAUCACAUUGGAUGCUCAGAAAAGUUCAAAGAUGCUCGAUCCCGCAAUAGACACUACUUCAAUGUUCAUAAACCUCAUGUUUGUGAUACAUGCGGAUUGCAGUUUUCGAACCUCUCUGGACUGCAAACUCACAAAACACGUCAUUUGAGCCUAUUCAACCAUUGCUGUACCUACUGUGGCCAUCGCGCCAAUACCAAACAGGAUCUUCGCACUCACGUGAACACUAAGCAUAAUGCCGCUUACUUUUUUGCUUGUGAAAUAUGUGGCUUGCAGUUUAAACGGAAGUCAAUAAUGAUAGACCAUAUGGAAACGCACACUAAUGCCAGAAAGUACAAGUGCACUCGAUGUGAUAAAUCAUUUCAGAAGUACUCCUCUCUUGAUCGGCAUAAAAAAACGGUUCACGAAAACAGACGCAUACCUUGCGAACAUUGCGAUCGAACAUUUCUCAAACGAGAAGUACUGCGAGAUCACAUUGAGUAUGUACACAAUAUUCAAACUCACUUCACCUGUGAUGUGUGUCUACAGCUGUUCUACGAACAAGAAACGUUAAAUGCACACAAGCUGCGCCACGAAAACCCUAAAGAAAAUGAAUGUAAAACAUGUUUGGCUGUUUUCACUUCAAGUGAUACGAUGAAAAAUCAUUUAUGUAUUUCCUAUCGCGAUGAUUACAUAUGUUGCGGAAGGGACUACAGGUAUCAUUAUCAGUACAACAAACACGUGCUAAUCAAGCACGGAAAAAGAAUAAAUGCACGCGUUAAACCCGACCCUUAUCAUCUACUCGGGUACCUUCGAUACAAAAGGAAACGUAUUGAAACCUGUCCAAAAUGCGAAACUACAUUUAACACCAGGAAUCAGAAGAAGCUCCAUAUGGAAACAUGUGUUGGUCCAGCAGAAGAUGACCAAAUGGGCCAAGAUAUCGAACAUGUUGAAUAAAUUGUUCUCGGUCCUGUGCAAUCUGCGGUUCAACGGAUCCAGUGUAUUUCAUAAAGCGUUCAUUGAGCUCUCCCAACGAGCAUACGAUGACUGACUUGUUAACCUUGUAUCACCUUACUUCGAAAACAGAAGAAAUAAUAAGGACGUUUUUCACCAUUCCAGCAUUCUUCCUUACUAGUUUGGACGAUAAAUGAGAAUAGGCAGAAUUCUUCCAAACGAGAAUCUAAUUUUCAUGCCUUCAAAAUGAUUUGAAGUGUUGUGCAACA